UCCUUUCAUGUCUUUCAGAUGUGACGAGGAAACCAGAAGCCAAGGAGUCAGCUGCAGAGAAUGACAUUGCCCUAAAGUUCUGUCAUGGCGCCAUGACGGAAAGGCUCACAGAGGUUGAUACCAUUCAUCCGACAUUGAGAAAAGCCUCCAGCUACGAUGGUACACUAAAAAGGCGCCAGGAAACCUGUAGGAAAGAGCACAUGAGAAUCCACACUGGCGAGAAGCCCUUCCGAUGUAAGGAAUGCGGAAGGGCCUUUAGUCAGAGCGCAUCCCUUAAUACCCACCAGCGAAUCCACACUGGCGAGAAGCCCUUCGCGUGUGCGGAGUGCGGCAAAGCCUUCCGCCAUCGCUCAUCGCUCAACCAGCACCACAGAACUCACACUGGAGAGAAACCGUUCGUCUGUGAUAAAUGUCAGAAAGCCUUCAGCCAGAACAUCAGCCUGGUCCAACACUUGAGGACGCAUUCUGGAGAGAAACCCUUCAGCUGCCACGAAUGUGGGAAAACUUUCCGACAGAUUAGGCACCUUAGUGAGCACGUAAGAAUUCACACCGGGGAGAAGCCCUACGCCUGCACUUCGUGCUGUAAGACCUUCAGUCAUAGAGCGUACCUCACACACCACCAGCGCAUCCACACUGGAGAGAGGCCCUACAAGUGUAAGGAGUGUGGGAAAGCCUUUAGGCAGAGGAUCCACCUGAGCAACCAUAAGACUGUUCACACAGGAGUGAAAGCCUAUGAGUGUAACCGCUGUGGGAAGGCCUACAGGCACGACUCAUCCUUUAAGAAACACCAGAGGCAUCACACUGGAGAGAAGCCUUACGAAUGUAGUGAGUGUGGAAAGUCCUUCAGCUAUAACUCGUCGCUAAGCCGACACCAUAAAAUCCACAAGAGGAACUCUCUUCGAGAGGAUGUUUAAAGAACAAUACAGGACAUGAGGACAAAAGGCAGCUCUGAAUCGGUGAUGAUAAGCUUUAAAAUCUCAGGACUCGAAUUUAAGAAAUUGAUAAUGACAAUGGCAACUUUUGAUUUUGCCAAUAGCGUGAAUAAACACUACAUUGAUUACUACUACUGUCUGACAUGCAAAAUGAUAAAUUCAGCAUUAUGAAAAAUUAAGAUUUAUUUUUUCUCAUUUCAUGAUUAAGUAAUAAAUUAUUUCUUUAUGGUCCUAUUGAUUUACAGAUUAGUAUUUGGGAACUGUUAUUUAAAAUGUUACUACCUGGGCUGGGGAGGUGGCUCAGUAGGUGAGGGCACUUGCCACUAAGCAUGGUAGCCCUCCUGAUUUUGAUCCUUGGGAUCCACGUGGUGGGAGAGAACUGGCCUCCUCGAGCCGCCCUCUGGUCUCCACGUGUGCGAAGGCGCACACUGAUGUUCAAAUCUUGCUCAUGUCCUUGUACUCCGGUCACAGUUUUGCGCGUCCUUUCUCCAGGCUUCUUACACCAGCUUUUUAAACACCUGU